GCCAAAGCCACGCCAAGCGCACGGACGGACGGGCUGCUCGACGGGGCCGCCGCACUCCCAGCCAGCGGGCUGCCUCCUUCCUCCGCAAUGUCCGCCGCCUCGGCCGUCGCGGCCAGCUCGGCAGAGCUCCUGCGGGGCGACCGCGCCCCCUCCCUGCUGGGGGCGGACUAUGAGGACGAGGACCUGGCGGGGGAGCUGAUGGACGGGGGCGAGGAGGAGCCCCGGGCGUGGACCCUGCAGGAGAAGGCUCUGCACGAGGCCCGGCUGAAGGCCAAGGCCAAGCGGCGCCUGCGGAGAACGUCCUCCCGCGACUCCAACCGCGAGUCCCUCUCCGAAGGCGGGGAGCCGCUCCCCGACCCCAGCAGCCCCAAGGGCAAAAGCCACGACCGCAAAUCCCGCAUGGGCAAAGGCCGGGGGCUGCCCAAGAAAGGUGGCGCAGGGGGCAAGGGGGUGUGGGGGGCCCCCGGGGUGGUCUACAGCUACCAGGAGCCUGAUGCCCGGGAUCCCAACUACGACGAAGUCGCACAGGGGGAUACGGUCUACGCCACGGUGGUGCCUGAGCUGGAAGAGGAGGAGCUGGAGAAGGCAGUGCAGCCCAUGAUGAAGGAAUACUUUGAGCACGGAGACACUCUGGAGGUGGUGGAGCUUCUCCGCGAGCUGAACCUGGGUGGGCACAAGGCAUCUGUGCCCUCCCUGGCUGUGGCAUUGUCUCUGGAGGGCAAGGCCAGCCACCGAGAGCUGACCUCCCGCCUGCUCUCGGACCUGGUGGGGAAGGUGAUGAGCUCCGAGGACAUCGCGGCCGCCUUUGACCGGACUCUGAGCGACCUCCCCGACCUCAUCCUGGACACCCCGGAGGCCCCGCAGAUGCUGGGCCAGUUCAUCGCGCGGGCCGUGGCAGACCAUGCGCUGCCGCUGGACUUCCUCGAGCGCUACAAGGGGCGCGUGGACUGCGAGCAUGCUCGGGCUGCUCUGGACCGCGCUGCUAUCCUCCUGCGCAUCAAGCGAGAUGUCAACCGCCUGGACAACGUCUGGGGCGUGGGGGGCGGACUGAGGCCCGUCAAGCAUCUUAUCAAGGAGAUGAACCUCCUGCUCCGCGAAUACCUGCUUUCGGGCGAAGUCUCCGAGGCCGAGCGCUGCCUUCGCCAGCUGGAGGUGCCCCACUUCCACCACGAGCUUGUCUACGAGGCGGUGGUGAUGGUGCUGGAGUCCACGGGAGACAUGGCCGUCGCCAUGAUGGUGCGGCUGCUGAAGGUGCUGUGGGAGACGGGUCUGGUGACGCUGGACCAGAUGAACCGGGGCUUCCAACGGGUGUACGAUGAGCUGGGAGACAUCAGCCUGGACGUCCCGUUGGCGCACAGCAUCCUGGAGCGGCUGGUGGACCUUUGCUUUGAGGAGGCCGUCAUCACCAAGCAGCUGAGGGACGCCUGCCCUGCACGGGGCCGGAAGCGCUUUGUCAGCGAGGGAGACGGCGGCCAGAUCAAGCCCUAGACUGACGCUUCCAGCCCUGGCCUCUGCCCCUCGCCCCCUGCGAUGCCCCCAUCAGAAGGGAGCUUAAGCUGGCGAGGGGGUCAAAAGAGGGAGCUUGCCCUCCUGCAGGGCACCCCAUCCGGGUCUUACCCCCCUUCUCCAGCCCCCUCCCCAUCCCCACAAACGCAUCUCAGGAAGCAGAAGGAAGCCUGGCGUCUCGUUCCAGCGGGGAUGGCCGCCACCUUGGCGUUCGUGGCCCUAUAGGGCUCGAAGGGGCCCAGGCUUCCUCCAACAGGUCUAGCCCCUUGCUGCGUCCUGAACGGGCACAGAUACCUUCCCCAAAGCCCCCCCCCCACAGUCCCCUAAGGUCUGCGUGGUGGGGAGGUCUAUCCUUGCUCCUUGAGAAGGAUCUCAAGGUCGUGGGAAGCGGCUCUCUCGGGUAUCGGGGAGGGCAGAAUGGCAUCUCGUGAGCACGGCUGGGAGAUAAGGUGGGGGUGGAGAGGGGGAGGGAGCUGGUGUCCUUGCAG